UAAGUCCUCGCGGGUUCGACAUCGCAAGAGUAUCCUCUCUCUUGCUCUGCCGUCUCUUCGCCCGGAGACGCCCUCGGUUCCGGAAGCUAUGGAUCCAGAGCCAGAUACCCCACGCUCGGAGACAAGCUCCGGGACGGCAGAUCUCCCAUGUGUCACUGGUCAAGAAAAGAAGGCCAAGAGACGGAAGUCCAGGCUGGGACUUUUUACUUCGUUCCUACCGUCACUCACCUCCAAAUCUGCAGAUCAUGUUCCUUCGGUGCAACGAAAGCCGCUGCCGCCGACCUACCACAACUCUCCCGGUCAGCCCAACCCGACGCUGUACGACGAACGAACCUUGCAGCUCAUGACCACCGACGACCAACCCCCUCCCAAUUACGUCGACCCUCCCCUCGCAGCCCCUCCCAUACCUCCCCUUCUCGAUCAUCACGUAGAUUCCGAACCAGAUGCCCACACGGCACAUUUGCCCACCAUGUUGAAGAAGGUCCGGAAGACUCAUCCCGUCCAACAGGAGCAACAGCUGCCUCCUGUACCACCACAGCAACAUGCACCGCAGAUUCCACCUGUUCCCUCUGUCACUGAGACAGAGGCAUCGCCUCCCCGGCUGAGGAAAUCGAGAGCACGGGCAAGCACAAACUCGGUCGAGAUGCUCUCAUCCGAUCAUCGUCAGCCUGAUCAUCGUCAGCAAACCGAACAUCGUCAGCAAACGAACCGGCUUCAGCCACGCCGCACCUCUCCAUUCCCAGAACCUAGGGGACGCAGCAGUUCCGCCCAACCGCCGACUAAUCGAAAUAACCAGCUCGGCUCGCCGCGGGUCAUCUCGAACCCUGGUGAGUUGCGGCCCGAGUCUCGCCAAUCUAGCAAUGGCAGCCCCCCGCGCGGCUCGGACCGGGGGAAGUUGAGGAGGAGCUGGCUUCCCGGCGGGCGCUCAAGGUCCAACUCUCAGGACUUGGGCCGCGGUCCUACCGCCCCGGCAUGGAUAAUGUCGACCGACAGCAGCGCUGAAUAUAAUACUUCGUUUCUGAUCAACGGGGAGAAGGUGCCCGAGAUUUGGGACGAGAACGGCAAUAUAUACAUCUUCCUUUGCGCUCCGGGCGGCGGGCUAGGUCCAUCUUUCAAGGUGCCGGCCUUUAUCCUCGGCAGUUCGAGGGUCUUCGGUGACAUGAUACAGGCCGACAUGGCUGCGGGUGCCAUGGGGAGGGACAGGAGCUUCAACGGCCGAGAUAAUCUCUCUGUGCAUGAUGCCCGACGACAAAUCACGCCUCCGGCCUCAGCCGCCUCAGGAGCAGAAGGGCCGGGCGAGGCGAACGUCUACCUCCCUUUCAUCCAACCCUCGGGCGCCCACGAUCUCCAGCGGCUAAUUGCGGUGCGCAACUUGUUAGCCUUCCUGACCGGUCAACCGCUCGUGGGCACGAAGGAGCAUAGCACGGUUUUCGCGGCCUUUCUGCAGAUAGCAGCCCUUCUCAGAGAAUUCGAAUUCGGUAAUUACGAUGGCUCGAGCUUUGGGGAGCCGGUCGACCUCGCCUUUGGCUUUUAUAUGGGCCACCUCGCCCUCGCCGACGUUCGGCACAGCCGGGAGAAGACCAUCGAGGCCCUGAUCUUGGGCGAGCAGAUGAAAUCGCCCGAGCUGUACAACGAAGCUUUCGCCCAUGCAGUUGGGAAGUACACGGCGAUCCUCGACGUCAAGUCGCCCCUCUUCCAGAACGUGUCCGUUAGCACUCGCAACCGGCUCGAACGGGCGCACAUAGACUUGCUGAACCGCCAGUCCAACGUCAAUAAUCGCCUCGAAGCCUUCGAUUUCCCUGCUCUUUUCGCCGGCAUUGCCAGCUCAACAUCUCACGAGGAGUACAAGAACGUCAGGUUCAAGGAAUGGAGAAUCUCGUUUGGGAAGAUGAGGAGCUUCGUCCUGGGCUACUACAAGAAUCUCUUUGGGAACUGGCCGCCAAAGGCCCGGAGCAAGAAGAAUCAGUUUUCCGAGAGUGGGCUGAACAGGCAGUGUUUGAAGAUCUUGUACUCGGAUCUCUGCGCGCUCUACGACUUGCUCGUGGAUCGCGAGUCCCUCACGCCGCGCGUCAUCGACCAAGCCCCUGACGACAUUCUCGAGGCGUCGGUAGAACCCAGGAUCUCGGUCCUCCGCAGGAUGCUCACCGAGUACGACCAAUCCUCGCCCCCGGUGCUACCGCCGAUUCCCUACGACGUCCCCAAGUUCCCAAGCAUGACGGCCAUCCGCGAAGACUACAAUGAGCUACCCGCCGCGCGGCAGGCGAGAUUCGACAAAUCCAUCCAGCCACACGAGUACCUCCUCAUCAUGCUGAAGUCUCGCAACAUCGACAUCGACCAGCUGGACAUCCAGUUCCUCGCCGCAUUCAAGGAAUUCGAGGAGAAGGAGACGAAGGGCUGCAGCCCUCAGGACCUGGUGGACCAGCGGAUCGGAUGCUGGCUCUUCCUGUAUGCAGUCCUACAGUGCCUACCGAUGCUCGUGGUCGAUGCCCCGGGGUUGAAAUUCACCGAGGGCGUCGAGUACUUCCUCUGCGAGCCGCCGCAAGGUAACCACCCCUGGAUGGACGACGCCGGGGAAGUCCGCAAGGUGUGGUACGAGGUCUCGGGCGGACAGAACAUUGUCGAGCUCUCGGCCGACGUGGUCAUGUUCAGCGUCGAGGCAACCUAUCACCGCAGCCACUGUUGGCAAGCGGCCAAGCUGUGGGAGGCCUCGGGGCCGACCGCGAUGCCCCCCUCCCAGGAGAUGGGCAUGUCACCCCUCGAGCCACCGCGCCCGGGUUUCCAAGACCCCGACGCGUCCGCGCCCUCGCCUCGGAUGACCGCCGAAGGGCCGGCGUCGUCCCCCGGCUCGCCCGCGCUGCUCCCGUACCACCCGCCCAGGAACGCCUCCCUCGGAGGCCCCGGCUCCCCGGCCCUGACCCCGCAUCACCACCCCCCGCGCAACUCCUCCUUCGGGACUGCGGCCGCCGCCGCGACCGCCGGACCCGCCACCGGCAGGCAGGGCGGCCACUCCUACCGCUCCAGCGUCGUCAUGGGCCUCGAACCCCUGCAAUUACCCGAGUGGGGCGCCCAGGGGGAGGAGCGGUUCUCGCGCCAGGGCGGCGGCGGCGGCGGCGGCUCGAGACCCGUCAGCGGCGCCGUGGGGCCGCCACACCACCACCAGCAACACCACCACCACCACCACGGUGGCGUCGUGCCCAGGAGCGUCUCGGCCAGCAACCUCGUGCAGCUGGCGGCCGCCCAGGACGCGGGACCGGGGCCCAAAUCGGGGCUCAAUCCGGGCCACGGCGGCGGAGGCGGCGGGAGGAAGGCGAGCGGGAGUACGUUUGACGACAUCCUCAAGGGCAUGGGGGAGAAGGACAAGGGGGGAAAGAAGAAGAGGUUUCCGUUUUGAGCUCCUUUGUCUUCUUCUUUUUCUUUUCUUCUCUGCCCGCCCGCUCCCCAUCAUGGAUUCCCCCCACCUUUUGCCGUUUGUGUUCGUUCCUGUCUCUGUUGUUUCUUGUCGAGCAUAUAAUUAGAUAGCCAGGCAUAUGACGAUGUUACGAGUAUAAUUCAAAUACACUUCCUAAAACGGAACAAAUUAAUGGUUUUAUCGGAGA